UCAAAACCUUUAUUGACCAAUAACUACCAAAAAUUGCAUUUCUAUCCUGUUAUUAAUGCAUUCAAAUCGUGAUUCAAAUGGCCCGCCACAAACUUCCGGGAACUUUCUGAGUCUCUCUGAACCACGUGACAAUCAAGCAUUUUGGACUUCCGCUGUCGCAACUCUUCUCUCUACAUGGUGCUGGACCAGCCAAUCAGAAUUGACCUUCUCGAGUUCUCCGAUUGGUUGGUUUCGUGGCACAUUUGUAACGCUGUGACAACUUGAGCGAGCAGGCAGGCAAAGCUGAGCGCGCACAGGGUGGAGAGGUCGAGCGAGCGAGGGAGAGAGAGCGCGUGCAGCGGUCUGCUUGCGCACGGAGCAGGAGUUUUAUGAGAGAAAAUAUAUUUCUCUGUGCUCAAAAAUGUUCAAGUGUGCGUUCAAUCGCAUUUUCUAGGCUCAACAUGUUUCAUUGCGUGCUCAGGAUAGAGGCACAAAUAUAACGCCAUAGGGUUGCACUGGCGCCGCUCUGCCUCUGCGCACGAACAGGCGUUGCCAUGACGCUGAAUGGAAACCACAGAAGGUGAACAGAGGAGAUAUACUGUAGCUGAUAAAGUGAGCUAAAAUGAGCAAUUCUCACCUGAUAAGCCCUGAUUCUUUUAGUUCAGGUGGAUUUAGUUAAAAAUAUCCGCGAGUCUGACGCAGGUUUAAAGGCACUCAACUUGAGUUUUGUAGUGUUGUCGCCGUGUUUCUGUUGAGGGGAUAUGAAGGCUCACAGCGGUGAGGUCGGAGUGUUUGUCCGGAUCAGACCAACGGCAAACUUCUCCCAAGACAUUAUUGAAUGUCUUCCUGACGGACAGACAGUGAAUAUUCAUCACAAGAAAGACACCAGGAAGCCCCUCUGCCCCAGAAAGAUUCAGCGGAGUUCCUGGUCAUUCCGACUGGAGGGCGUCCUGCAGGAUGUAUCCCAGGAAGAGGUGUACACCAGAGUUUGCAGACGGGUGGUGCUGGGAGCACUGGAUGGCUAUAAUGGUACUGUGCUGUGUUUUGGGCAGACGGGUGCAGGAAAGACAUACACCAUGACAGGCUCCACAGAAUCAUACAAGCAGAGAGGCGUCAUUCCUCGGGCCAUUCAGGAGGUGUUUCAGGAGGUGCAGAAAAGGACUGAGCACACUUUCUCUGUAUACCUGUCCUACUUGGAGAUCUACAAUGAGACCCUGGUGGACCUGCUGGCCUCGUUGCAAAGCUCAGCACUCCCCAGUCCACGUAGUAUGGUGGUUAGUGAGGAGCCAGGCAGAGGAGUAUUCAUCAGAGGUCUGUCCCUUCACCCGGUCCACAGUGAGGAGGAGGCUCUGAACCUGCUGUUCGAGGGUGAGAUGAAUCGCGUUAUUGGAUCUCAUGCCUUGAACAGGAACUCCUCCAGGUCCCACUGUAUCUUCACUUUGCAUUUAGAGUCUCGCUCACGGACUCUGUCUGAUGCCAAGUAUGUCACCUCCAAGUUGAACCUGGUGGAUUUAGCUGGGUCAGAGAGGCUGGGAAAGACUGGGUCAGAGGGUCAGAUGUUCAAGGAAGCCAUGUACAUCAACAAGUCGUUGUCUUUCCUGGAGCAGGCCAUCCUGGCCCUGGCCGACCGUCGCAGAGACCACGUUCCCUUCAGACAGACUAAACUCACUCAUGCCCUCAAGGACUCAUUGGGAGGGAACUGCAACACUGUGCUUGUGGCAAACAUCUACGGUGAGGCGUCCCAGAAAGAAGAAACACUCUCUACACUGCGUUUUGCCAGCAGAAUGAAGUGCAUCCGGACAAAUCCUGCUGUCAAUGAACACAUGGAUCCAGCUGCUCAGAUCAAGAAGCUAAAGAAGGACGUACAGAUGCUGAAAGAGGAACUGUCCUUCGGUAAUACAUUGGUGAACCGGCCCAGCGUACCGUACGACCCGUUGUCUCAGGCCCAGCUGGCCGAGAUCGACAGCCAGGUUCAGAGGUACCUGGAGGGAAGCCUGAAGGAAAUCAGUAUCAUAAGUGUCAGUCAGGUCCGAGCAUUAUUCGCCAAGUUCAAGCUGGCUGUGCACAGGGGACAGGAGAAGAAGGUGAAUGCUCGAUUACGUCAGACCUACAACUUGGGGGAGGAAGACCAAAGAGCUGAUACACCUGCUGUCAAGGAGUGGGAUACCAGAGGUAGCACUGAGGAAGAUGAGGCUGGCAGCUUUGAGGUGUCACACAAAAACACCCAGCACCCGAGUUCAACCAGAGCCAAAACUAAAAAGUCUAAGGACAAACCGAGCCAAAGCAAGAGACAAGGAGAGGAGAGUCCGCUCUCUAAGAAGCGUUCAGACUCUGCCUCAAAACCAAAGCUGAAUUCUGUCCAGAGCCCCGAAAGGGAACAGGAGUUACAGGAACCAGACACGGAGAGCCAGGAACCACAGGAGUCACAACCAAAUGGCAAAGAACCCUUUCACCCUGACUCUACUCUUACCAAAGCGGAAGCCUUUGAUGAUUUUAAAAUGGGCAGAGGCAGCAAGCUAAAUCGCAUCCUUCAGGAGAACAAGGCCGUGCUACUGGAGCGCCGCAGUCUUCAUCGGCAGCUAACUGACGAGGUCAACGCUGUGAAGAGAGAGAUCGACUGCACCGCGGCCACCAUGCAGCAGUACAGGGAGACGAGAGGAGGCCAAGGUCGGUAUUCGGAGCCAGAUGACACCUUAUUGAACCAGCUCAGAGAGCUGAAGGCUCUGUACCGGCAGAGAUAUGAGGUGCUGAACGACAUCAAGGCAGAAAUCAACUACUGUCAGCACCUGGUGGAUCAGUGCAGGGUGCGCCUGCUAUCUGAAUUUGAGAAGUGGUAUAAAAAGUAUUCCCUGGUACCCGAGGAGGAUCUGGAGACAUCUAUGGAUAACACCCUUGAUCAAGUGAGUCUUUCUGAGUGUGAUGAUAACCAGCUUCCUCCUGAGAGCUCCAGCUCUGAGUCCUUCCACAACGCCCGCUACAGAAUGCUGAGAAGGAGGAACACCCGGUCGCUGUGCGUCACUCCAGAGCAGAGGAGCUCGUCUUCAGGGUCCGGACAGAGAACACUUCCUCAAAUCCCCCCCGUUAGCUAAUGUAAAAAGCACAUUUUGGGGAAGCCAUCACCAUGCCAACACUACGCGCUCCCAGUCUGUUAGAGCACCUCUGCUCCACCACUCCCCAGGAGAGAUAGCCAUGUUAAGGGAAAGGGAGGUUAUGUUAGGUCAUCAGGUCCGGGGGUUGUUGUGUGUGCAAACACAAAGAGACAGCCAACAGUGCAGCACCAACAAGAGUCACCAACGCACAACAGGAAACUUGGCACAAAGUUCAGUUGGUUUUGUGUUGAUGCUAUUACACACCAACACAGAUCAAUGAUGAAGGGUUCUUUACAUUCUACAAAGGUGUUCAUAACCUGCAAGAGAAUAUGUGACUGCUAGCAUGUUAACUAUUGACUGCUAGCUGAUCUUAUCUUACAGGACACGUCAGCUGUGGGAGUCACAAUAUUGUAUUAUGAGUUAGAAAUUGACACAUUAUAGCAAUAACUCAUUAAAGAAAAUGACAUGUUUCUUUACUCAAACUGUCUUCAUCAUUAUUAUAUUAUUCUGGACUGGACCAAUCUAAAUAAUGAGUACUUUAAGUUUAUUUUGAUGCUAAUACUUUUCUACUUGAGUAACAUUUUUGAAUUAAGGACUUUUACUGUAACAGAGUAUUCCUACACUCUGGUACCAUGUACGUCUUCCUCCUCUGCUAACAGUCACAGAUAGACCGAGAAAUGAAUAAAAGCCCAUUUCCAGAGAAGCUCCCUGCAGGAUGGCCCUGCUUCACCACCCAUCUCUUCUUCCACACACAGAGAAGACCAUGUCACACAGACUAACACAAAGCCUCCACCCUAACAAAGAGCAGGAGGAGAGCCAGCGCAUGACAGAAAAUGUGAUGUAGGAUGAUAUUUCUCGGCCUGAUAUGCGACCCAUGCGAACAGGCAGCUGAUGGAAGUGACCGUGAGAGUGGAUGAGAUGCAGAGUUUGUGGAAGUUUCCACCCCAGGAAGACAUUUGGGUUAGUGGGAACCAAAAACUGUCCCUGCAGCUGGUGAGUGUUAGUGUCUGUGCUUGAUUAGUAUGGUGAGAGACACAUGGUUACUGCUAUGGAUGCUAUUACAUUGGUGAGUGAUAUGUGAAAGACCAGGAAGGUAGGAUUGGGGGGGCAUUUACGUAAAGUCUCUUCAUUGUAUUCCAGUAAUGUGUGUUGCAUGUUUUAAAUGAAAUGUGUUUUAGGUUGACUUUUAAAAUCUGUCCAGGGACUACAGAUGAAA